CUUCCCAGUGUCAGCUGCACAUCCGAGGAGUCGGAAUCAGCAGCCCGUCGAGCCAGACCGGGAGGUCCGAGGACAGUUUGCCGCAGCAGAACCCACCGUGCCAGGAUCGCAGUCCAGUCCAGCUCCACCCCCGUAUCGCCAGAGCGUCCCGGAACCCGCACAGAGCGUCCUGGAACCCACACAGAGCGUCCCAGAACCCGCAGAGAGCAUCCCGGAACCCGCAGAGAGAGUCCUGGAACCCGCACAGAGCGUCCCGGAACCCACACAGAGCGUCCUGGAACCCGCACAGAGCGUCUUGGAACCCACACAGAGCGUCCUGGAACCCACACAAAGCGUCCGGGGACCCGCACCGAGCGUCCGGGGACCCACGCAGAUCGUCUUGGAACCCGCACAGAGCGUCCUGGAACCCACACAAAGCGUCCGGGGACCCGCACCGAGCGUCCGGGGACCCACGCAGAUCGUCCUGGAACCCGCACAGAGCGUCCUGGAACCCACACAAAGCGUCCGGGGACCCGCACCGAGCGUCCGGGGACCCACGCAGAUCGUCCUGGAACCCACGCAGAGCGUCCUGGAUCCCACGCAGAGAGUCCGGGGACCCGCACAGAGCAUGCAGGGACCCGCACAGAGAGUCCGGGAACCCGCACAGAGCAUGCCGGGACCCGCACAGAGAGUCCUGGGACCCGCACAGAGCACGCCGGAUCCCAGAGCUCACUCCGGGAGAACGUGUUCACAGGGAACCCAGACCAUCGAAAUAAUGGAAGUGCCCAAGCCAAAAGAGCCCGAAGCUGCAGGGAUGGCCGCCUGGACACCGGAGGACCUGCGCUCAUUUGCCAAAGACCUGCCAGAUUUGGACCCCCAAGGAGGCACUCCGUUUGCAGAAGUGCUGUGCGAGUUUGUGCAUCUAUGCAAACUGAGUUUGAGAGAAAUAAAAAGGCUCGUGCUCUACAGCAUUAAACUGGAAUGGGGCAAAGUGCAAGCAGACUGGCCGGAGACCGACCUGCGUUACGACUGGACUCGGGGCGCUGCGUACCGGGGACA